GUUGGAAUAAAAGGGGGAAAGAGCAGUAAGAAAGCUAGUGGUUUGUGUAAAGGGAGAGAGAGAAAGUAGUCUGGCCCCUUUCUGCUCCGGGCUGCCCAACGCUAAUCACAAACAAAUGCCUAUUCACCGUGGCCUGAGUCGUGUCCCACUUUUUUCUUUCCAGAGGAAGCCACCGUGCUAAUGAUGUGUCAUCUGUAACUCAGCCUUUAGCUACAGACUGCUAUUCAGAGCAACGCGUACACAGAUUCCUCUCCCUGCGCUCCGGCGAAACCCAAGCCCCACCGAGACAAAACACACAUUUUCUUACCAAAACACGCCUGGAAUUCUCGGUUUACUAUGGAUUACAGAUUUUCACGGUUCAGAACAUUUCGGCUGAACAUGGAAGUUGUCUGAGAUUUCUUUGAGUUCCUCUUUGUUGAAAGACGAUGGAGCAACCAAUAAAAGACCAUUUGGGAUCCCCCAAGGGGUCGGAACCCAUAAUGAUCGAAAAAGCCAACAAUGACUAUGUGAUAACGGCCAUUCCGAGACUCAACGAAACGCAGCUGACCGCGGCGACUGGGGGAGCGGAGCUCUCGUGUUACCGAUGUACCAUCCCGUUCGGAGUGGUUAUACUGAUCGCGGGAGUGGUGGUCACCGCGGUGGCGUACAGUUUUAACUCUCACGGGUCCAUCAUCUCUGUGUUCGGACUGGUUCUUCUGUCGUCUGGACUUCUUUUGGUAUGUUCGAGCGCGCUGUGCUGGAAGGUCCGACAACGGAAAAAGAGGGCGAAGAGGAGAGAGAGCCAAACGGCAUUGGUGGCGAACCAAAGGAGCCUACUUGCUUAAGAACAAUAGAACAAAAUGAACAUUGAACUCCCAUCUCAAAAAUGUUACCAGCCAAAGGCUUUAGAAAUCCUCUACGUACACGGAUUAAAACCGAUGAAGAGACCCUCGUACCGGGAUACACGGAGGGAUUUAUGAAAAUGCACCAGUUUCAUUGGUUGCUUUCCUGAUCUCAUGAUCUUGUACAAUUAUCUUUAUAUAUAAUUGCUUGGCCCCCUUUUGUAAUGUCCAAGUUGAGCACCAUAUGCAGACAUCACUAAGUGUCAGUAGCCAAAAUUCCUAUGAAUUUUCUUCCGAGUUUGCUAUCAUAUAGAAUCUAUUAAUAAUAAUUAUUAAUAUUCACUUUAUAUGCCUGCUCCAAACACUUUUUAUGCGACUGAUUCACUGUGACGCAGUUCAGAUCUAAAGAAACGAUCGUAGUCAAUUAGAAAUUUCUAGACUUUUUAUUUUUUGGCUCUUUGAAUUAGAGGCAUUUAGCAGAUAAAAAUCUCCAAAUUAAGAUUUUGUUAACCAUGAAAUAAUAAUUAUAAAAUUAAGAAUGUAUUACCACCUGCAGAUGGUAAAUCUUUGCCCCCCCCCAGAGGGAGACAUGGUAUGGUCCAGGUUGGAACUGAUGCCACCCAAGCAUCUGCUUUAGAUGCUCUAAAGCACCUAAUUAUAAAUAUAAUCCUACCUGAGAACAGGUAUAGAUUUUCAAUGACUUACCUGGAGAUAUUUUGCAUCUCCCUUGGAAUGGAAUGAUAAAAACGAGGGAAAUCAGAAUGCCCCUCUUAUAGACCUGAAGUCUUUAGAUGAAGUUGAUGCCUUUUAUUGGCACAAAAUAAAAAAAUAAAGUUAUAUAAGCUUUCAGAACCGGACGUGGCAGUAAUACCGGAUCAAAAAGACACUAAUUCAAUAAUUAUAAAAAAAGCUAAUUCUGUGUAUUUUCAUUCUGUAAUGUUAAUUAAAAACUUUCCCUGAGAGUUUCCAUUUUCCGUUAUAAUUGCAGUGUAAAAAAUGUAUUGCUGUCUAAUUGGACAUUCUAGAAUCAAUUCAUUAGAACGAAGCCCCAUGCCCCAUGCAGAAUUUAUGUCAUUGGAUUAUUGUUGACUAGUCAACUGGUUUAACCCUCUAGAACCACACCAGGAUGAACAAGUAUGGCGCUUGAGUGGUUAAAAAGUCGGCUAAAAAAAAUUCCAUUAUAUUACAGUCCAAGAAUUCUUCAACGGGUAUAAGAAGCUUCAGUUGGGAAUUAGCCAAUCAGUGGCUGUUUCGGCUUGUUGGCUGUGCUACGGUGAAUGUCAUUGGUGGUACUUGUAGAUCUUUUUUUUACUAUUACUAUUAAAAUUAUAAUAAUCGCUGUUUAUUUAGAUCGCUAUUUGUAAUUCUAUUUGUUGAAUGUGAACACUGCGGGGGGGGGGUGAAAAUUGUUUCUAAAAACAGUCGACUUUUGUAAAUUAACGUCAAACCAAGCACUUUCUGGUCUGUUUUUGUACUAAAAUACACAUUUUAUUAAAAAAAAAAUAUUAGUGCUGCUAA